CCCUGAAGCGCGCGAGUGCGUUUUCUUACGUUUGAUUUUGACGUCGCUCACUACUGCUCUAAUCGACUGGUUCGACGGCGACGUGCACUGCAUGUGUGCGCGUAUGUGUGCGUUCGGAUACGUGACUCUAUUGUCGUGUGCGCGCGUGUAUGGACAUACGCGAGGAUAAGCGUUGGACAGAGGAUGUGGCGAGGAGGCACGGCGCCCGGGACGAGCACGACGACGCCCACGGUGAUAGGAGCAAGGACCUGCUGGAUGGAUCUACUGGAGAAUGCCCUGGACACGAGCAUAUAUAGAUGUCUUGGCAAGUCGGUUGAGACUAGGACUUGAACGGAACCUUUGGAUCCAGAGUCUGACACUCUACCGACUGGGCCAUAGAGGUUAAUGACUCUCAUCCUGUAUCCUAUUUCCAACAUUCGACUGUGCAGUACAACGAAAUGUUCUCUUCGCCAACGUCAACGGGGGGUGAGCCAUCAGGCUAUGAUUUUGAGAAAGAAGAGAAUGCUGCCAAAUGGAAAGGUGUAUUUGUCAAUUCUCUUAGAAAGGUUCUUGAACAAGUGCACCCCAGUCUAGAAGCCCGACAAGAUGCUCUAGACUAUGUUGAGAGCUUAAUUCUACGAAUGCUUGGUAUGCUUUGUGGACAUCCACCUCCUCACACGCCACAAGAUGUCGAAGAAAGAGUACGACGUACGUUUCCCACUCCUAUCGAUAGGUGGGCAUUAAGAGACGCUAGAGAUGCUUUAGAGAAAGGCAAAAAAAAAUCUCCUUUAGUAUUGCCAGUCGAUAAAAUUCAUCAGCUUUUGCAAAAAGAGGUUUUGCAACAUAAAAUUGAUUGGCAAGUAACUCUAUUUGUUGUGGGAGUCUUAGAGUAUAUAUCAGCUGAUAUUUUAAAAUUAGCUGGAAAUUAUGUAAAAAACAUACGUCAUGUAGAAAUUUCUUACGAAGACAUUCAGGUUGCAAUGUACGCUGACAUGGUCUUGAUGGAUAUGUUCCAUCAAGAUGACUGUACGGAGGGGCCCCAAACAGGUUUAGGGACCGUUGUAUCUCAAACCUAUGAGGAAUCUGUUCGUGAUCUAAUACAUGAUGAGCGUCAUUAUUUACGCGAUUUACAUAUGAUAAUUAAGGUAUUUCGAGAAGAGAUAACAAAGCUCACGCAAGAUCGAACUGAGCUUGAAAUGCUUUUUAGUAAUAUUAUGGACAUCUAUGAAACUACAGUAAAUUUACUUGGUAGUUUAGAGGACAUAAUGGAAAUUACCGAGGAAAAGCAAACACCUACUGUCGGAUCUUGUUUCGAGGAACUCGCCGAAGCAGAAGAGUUCGAUGCAUACACAAAGUACGCCCGAGACAUAAACAGUCCAGCUUGCCGGGAUGUUCUGACAAGACUUCUCUCCCGACCCGAGGCUAACGCAGCUCUACGAGCUGCUGGUCACGGCUUUAAAGAGGCUGUAAAAUAUUAUCUGCCAAAGCUGUUGAUGCAACCUGUGUGGCACUGUUUUUUAUACUUUGACUACAUAAAGGUAAUUAAUAAAAAUUUUAACGACCAAUCAACGAUAAAGACAACCAUCCAUUCGCAGGUAUUGCAAAAACGAACGCCAAAUACGGAAGACCGAGAGACACUGGAACAAGUGCAAGGGCUCUUGAGACCAUUGCAAAUCAAGCUGCAAGACAUUCUGGACAAUUAUAAAUGUAAGCGUGACAGUGGUCUGCGAAUGCAAAGUCGAGCUCGCAGACAGGCUGCGCUUGAGAAAACAAGUGAAAUGCAAAAAACGGUGGACGGGUGGGACCAAAGAGACAUCGGUCAGUGUUGUAACGAAUUUAUUAGAGAGGAUAUGCUGGGGAAAGUUGGUAGCAACGGGCGUAGGUUAACGGAGAGGAGAGCUUUAUUAUUUGAUGGUUUAUUAGUUUUGUGUAAGCCAAGCGGUGGUAAAAGAGUUAGCGUUAGUGUGGCGGCAGUUGCUGUUGGGAGCAAUCAUUCUGCCCAUCAUCAGAGUGAGUUAAGACUGAAAGAACGUUUCUUUAUAAGAAAAGUGGAUAUCAUCGAUCGAGAAGAUACGGAUGAAUUAAAAAAUGCUUUUGAAAUUGCACCAAGAGACCAUCCCAAUGUUAUACUAAUUGCGAAAUCUGUAGAGGAUAAGAAUAGCUGGAUGGCUGAUCUUGUGAUGCUAAAUACGAAAAGUAUGUUGGAGCGCACAUUGGAUAGUAUUCUUUUAGACGAGGAAAGAAAGCAUCCAUUAAAAUUACCUCUUCCUCAAAUGUACAAAUUUGCCGAGCAAGAUAGCCCAGAGAAUAUUGUUGUCGAAGCGAGAGAAAAUGGUGGUGUGCCAUUAAUUAAAGGGGCAACAUUAGUAAAAUUAAUAGAAAGAUUAACGUAUCAUAUUUAUGCCGAUCCCGCGUUUGUUCGCACAUUCUUAACGACAUACAGGAGCUUCUGCUCAUCGCAAGAAUUGUUGAGUCUUUUGAUAGAAAGGUUUGAAAUCCCAGACCCAGCAAAAGUCUAUGAUGACGAGGAACGACCGUCUAGUGGUUGUAAAUCUAUUCCUAGAGAAGAUUUUAAACGUUAUCGCAAGGAAUUUUGUCAACCCGUACAGUUCAGAGUUUUAAAUGUUUUAAGACAUUGGGUGGACCAUCAUUUUUAUGAUUUUGAAAGAGACAAAAAUCUUUUAGAGAAAUUGUUAGAUUUUUUAAAUACUGUAAGUGAAAAUUGUAAAUCUAUGAGGAAGUGGGUUGACUCUGUUAUGAAAAUUGUACAAAGAAGAAAAAGUGAGCCAUUGGAGCAGCGACCAAUUACGUUUAGUUUUGAACGAUCUCCGCCCCCGAUUGAGUGGCAUUUAAAAGUUCCAGAAGAAGAAUGGGGAAUCUUAACGUUACACCCCAUUGAAUUAGCAAGACAGUUAACACUAUUAGAAUUCGAAUUGUAUAGAAAUGUUAAGCCCUCUGAAUUAGUAGGCUCCGUUUGGACGAAAAGGGAUAAAGAAAAGACGUCCCCGAAUCUUUUGAAAAUGAUUAAGCAUACGACAAACUUUACGAGAUGGCUUGAAAAGACCAUUGUAGAAUCAGAGAAUUUCGAAGAAAGAGUCGCAAUAGUCUCCCGAGCGAUCGAAAUUAUGAUGGUCCUGCAGGAUCUCAAUAAUUUUAAUGGAGUCUUAGCUAUAGUCAGUGCCAUGUUUUCUGCAUCGGUUUAUCGAUUACACUGUACAUUUCAACAAAUAUCAGCGCGUUUAGACAAAGCUUUAUCCGAUGCUCACGAGUUGAAUAUCGAUCACUUUCGUAAAUAUCAAGAAAAAUUACGCUCUAUAAAUCCACCUUGUGUGCCCUUUUUUGGAAUGUACCUGACCAAUAUCUUACACAUUGAAGAAGGCAAUCCUGACUUUUUGCCGGAGAGCCCGUUAAUAAAUUUCAGCAAAAGACGAAAAGUCGCAGAAAUUAUAGGAGAGAUACAACAGUAUCAAAAUCAGCCAUACUGUUUGUCCAUUGAGCCUAGAAUACGACGUUUUAUCGAAAAUUUGUGUCCAUUUGACGCCGACAUAUCAGAUGCCGAUAUUAGCACGUACUUGUAUAAUAAAAGCUUGGAGAUCGAGCCUAGAGGAUGUAGACAACCAGCAAGAGUGCACCGUAAAUGGCCGGAUCUAAAUCUAAAAUCGCCGGGAAUAAAAGCCAGAAGUUUGAGUGGUAAAUUACCUGCGCCGCUUCAGGCAGUCGCGUCUAGCGUUAGACUACACGAUCCGCCAGCGGCAACCCAGGAAAUACCUGUCCCUUGUGAAUUGCCCGAGACACCGCCUCACGGAUCGUCUUUCUCCUCGACAACUAGCGAUCACAGUGUUUUUGCACCCGUAUUACUUGGAGGCUCUCCGGGUCCGGCCCUUAGCAUGUCAAGCCUGUCCCUAGGCUCUCCAGGCAACAGUCCGCAAUUGGGUUCACCGGGACAUUUGCCGCCUCAUCAUCAACAAUCGUCGUCAUACGGUGGCAGCGCCUCCACGCACUUUGGUUUUAAUUCCGGCACAAUUGGAGCAAUGGGCGGCGCUCUGGCCUGUCUUGCCUCAUCUUCAUCAUUAGCCGGGAGUCCGGGUGCCGGCCCGAUAAUGCCACCCCCACCGUCGCCCAGCCACGUACCUCCAUUUGGUCAACCCCCACCACCCCUACCGCCCAGAUCGCAUCGACGACGUGAGAGUUGUCUCGGUGACUCGCCUCAACAGGCUCGACAGGCUCCGAACGCCCCAAUGCUGCCGCCACGUGAAGGUGUUUCACCGCCACCGCUGCCUCCGAGGCGCGAGCAGCCAUCCUCGACGUUGCCGCCACGCUUCCCAGCGACCCUCAAUCCGAGCUGCUCGGCCCUUCUCGCCAGGCGGAAUUCGACCUUGGAGAACACGUGCCCGACGACUGCUGGCCACACCCGCAGGCACAUGUCCUUCAACGGGCCCAGUCCAACGAAACUGCCCCCGGCCCAGCCACCCAACGGUUCGGUGACACCGAGGUUACCACCAAAGCCCCAAAUACUAGGAAGAUCACCCGCGACGAUGUUCAACUUUAACGCCCCCCCGGGAUCCAGCUAAUAUAUCACUAUCACAUAGCGCAUCGAUGCUGCGAAAGGCAUUUUCAAGAUUUUUGUAGAACAUCAACUCCUAGUCCAGAUGCUGAUGAGGAGGAGGAGGAGGAAGAGCACGAGGAGCACGAGGAGCACGAGGAAUUGCUGCCUCGAGGCGGAUAGAUUACCGAAAGUGGUGCGUGCGUCUACGGCAACAG